AUCAAAAAGCAAAUGUAAAUUUGGGGCAAACUGAUUGUUUGAUUUUGUAUCAGCAACAACCACUAACCCUGUAUUCACCCCUUUCAGUCCUGUCCACUACAUGAAUGUGACCCUGAUCAUUUGUUCUCUGCUAUAUUUAGCUGCUUCUAUUUUAAAGCCUGUGCAAUAACUGAUCCACUCUAAAGAGUGAGUCACUGCUCUUGUGCUCUACUCCAAGAGCUUUAACCUCUUGUGUAAUUUUUACAGAGGAUAUUUGUUACUGCCAGCAAGUUAUAAUGUCAGUGUACAAUGGAGAAUCAGAGGACAGUGACAGCUUCAAUGGUGCAGACUGUGAAAGGUAUCAACCAUGUGCUGGCUCUGGUCUUGUCUCGGCUAAACUAACUAUUGUGGUUGGAGACAGACAGUUCUCUGAGGAGAAAAUGUUACUGGUGCAGAGCUGCGACUAUUUUCAAGCUCUGUAUCGCUCCGGUAUGAAGGAAUGUCAGCAGGAAGAAAUCCACCUCAAGUCUCUGCGAGCUCAAGGAUUCCUUUUAGCUUUAGCAGUUUUACAUGGAGAGAAGCCAAUUCUGGAUGAGGACGACAUUGUGGAAGCCAUUGAAUGUGCAGCUUUCUUGCAGGUGCCCCCACUUACUAGACAUCUUAUUGACCUUCUUGAUGCAGAAAACUGUCUGCUGAUGUAUCACACCUCUGCAGUCUUUGGACUUAUGGAUCUGUACCAUGCAGCAGCACUGUUCAUUCGAGACAUGUACACAGACCUUGAGGUAGAGGUCAAGAAAACCUUACCAUUAGAGCUUAUCUCUUAUGUGGAGUCUUUGACCCCCCAUGUUUUCAUGGCUGUAGGAGCCCAUGUGACCUGUGGUUUGGAUGAAACUGUACAUGCUGCCUCAAGGACCAUCUGCUACCUCAAUGAAACUGGCAAUACUUGGAAAGUGUUAACAGAUCUUCCACUAGAGGCCAGCACCUCAAUGGCUGGAGUGACUGUUUUAGACAACAAACUGUUCAUAAUUGGUGGCAUUCAUGGCAUCCAUAAACAAGUUGUGGAAUCUUGUUUUUGCUACAGUGUUGAAAGCAACAGCUGGAGCAGGAUUCCCAGCCCAGCACAGCUGCGUUACAAUCUUAGCCUUAUGGGUCUCCAUGGUCAUUUAUAUGCCAUCGGAGGGGAGUAUGAGCGAACAGUAAUGUCGUCUGUGGAAAUAUACAAUGUAAAAAACAGAACGUGGACAUUUGCUGCUAACCUACCUCGGCCGGCAGCAGGAGCAGCUUGCACCAAAACCAUGAGCAGGAUAUUUGUGUGUUUAUGGAGGCCAAUGGAGACCACUGAGAUCUACGAGUAUGCAUCUGGGGAAAAUGAGUGGCAUCUAGUUACCACACUGAUCAGGCACCAAAGCUAUGGUCACUGCAUGGUGGGCCACAGGGACAACCUCUUCAUCAUAAGAAAUGGCCCAUCUGAUGACUUCCUAAGAUGCCUCAUAGACUGUUAUAAUCUGAGCUUGGGCCAGUGGUCAACCCUGCCUGGACACUUCGCCAACAGUAAAGGUUCACUAUUCACUGCUGUUGUAAGAGGGGACUGUGUGUUUACACUGAACAGAAGCAUGACUCUAGAAUACGUAGUGGAAGGUAAAACCUGGAAGCCUAGGCGGCAGAUGAAGGGUUUCCCAAGAAGUGGAUCUGUGUGGACAUUUCUGCUUCAGCUGCCAAAAGCUCUCAGCCUGCAGUAGUGACACUGUCUGCUUUUUGGAUUAUCAGUAUUAUUUAAAUUAAACUCAGAUGGGGUUUUGUUUGUUUUUUGUUUAUUACAACAAUAUUACUAUUUUUAAUCCUGAUGCAUGCUCAAUCAUCCAGGUAAGUGAAUAAAUAAGUUGACUGAACCAAUAAAAUGAACUCAGGUUUGCUCGGUAGUGAUUUUAUCUCUUUAUGAAGUGCUACUGGUAAGAGUACAUGUUUAGAAAAUGGACAUGUGAAACAAGCAUAGUAAAAAUGAUAACAUUUUAUUAUCAGCAUUACCCACAACAACUGAACAAAAUGUGUAUGUUUUUGCAAAAUUUCAAACACUUUGAAUUUUAUACAAGGUGCUCUUGCUACUCUGAUUGCAGUUUAAUUACUUCAGGUGCAGCUUUUCAUUUUUUUUCUUGUUCAGUGAGACAAAUCUAGUCUAUUUUGGCUCUGAACAAAUGCAUUAAAUUUAGGUUCAGUUUCUAAAGUUAAAAUGUGGAGGGCGCACAACAGAAGAUCUGCAUUUGCUGUGGAUUUCACAGCCCUUGC